CGGUGGCGGAGAGGCGGCGGCGGUGGCGGGGCUCGGUCCGAGCCGGGCCGGGGAGAUGCUCUGCACGGCGGUGGUGAUGGUGGGGAGCCUGGCGCUGACGACGGCCGUGGUGGCUCAUGCCUAUUACCUGAAGCACCAGUUCUACCCCACUGUGGUUUACCUCACCAAAUCCAGCCCCAGCAUGGCCGUUCUCUACAUCCAGGCCUUUGUCCUGGUUUUCCUCCUGGGGAAGUUCAUGGGCAAAGUGUUCUUUGGGCAGCUGAGGGCAGCAGAGAUGGAGCACCUCCUGGAGCGCUCCUGGUAUGCAGUGACUGAGACCUGCUUGGCCUUCACCGUCUUCAGGGAUGACUUCAGCCCUCGCUUCGUGGCCCUCUUCACCCUCCUCCUCUUCCUCAAGUGCUUCCAUUGGUUGGCUGAAGACCGGGUGGACUUUAUGGAAAGGAGCCCAAACAUCUCCUGGCUCUUCCACUUCCGCAUUGUCUCCUUGAUGUUCCUGCUGGGAAUCCUGGACUUCCUCUUCGUCAGCCAUGCUUACCACAGCAUCCUCACCCGAGGAGCUUCGGUCCAGCUCGUCUUUGGCUUUGAGUAUGCCAUCCUCAUGACCAUGGUGCUCACCAUCUUCAUCAAGUACGUGCUGCACUCUGUCGACCUGCAGAAUGAGAACCCUUGGGACAGCAAAGCCGUCUACAUGCUCUACACAGAGCUCUUCACUGGCUUCGUCAAAGUCCUGCUCUAUAUGGCCUUCAUGACCAUCAUGAUCAAGGUCCACACCUUCCCCCUCUUCGCUAUCCGCCCCAUGUACCUGGCCAUGAGGCAGUUCAAGAAGGCAGUGACUGAUGCCAUAAUGUCCCGUCGGGCCAUCCGCAACAUGAACACACUGUAUCCCGAUGCCACCCCAGAGGAGCUGCAGGCCAUGGACAACGUCUGCAUCAUCUGCCGUGAGGAGAUGGUGACGGGUGCCAAGCGCCUGCCCUGCAACCACAUCUUCCACACCAGCUGCCUGCGGUCCUGGUUCCAGCGCCAGCAGACGUGCCCAACGUGCCGCAUGGAUGUGCUCCGGGCAUCGCUCCCGGCACAGCCGCCUCCGGAAGCACCGGAACAACCCCCCCCACCCCCUCAGACCCCCCCGAUUCCUCAGCCCCCCAACUAUCCGCAGGGAAUCCUGCCCCCAUUCCCACCGGGAAUGUUUCCCUUCUGGCCCCCGGUUGCUCCUUUCCCACCAGUUCCUGGUGUUCAACCACCCAACGGUGCCGAAAACACCGCGUCAGGCUCUGGUGCUGCCACUGCCUCCCGUCCCGCUGACACCAGCACCGCCCCAUCAGAACCCACAGCACCAGCUCCAGGUCUCCCCUUACCACCACCAUGGAUGGGAAUGCCGUGGCCACCUCUCUUUGGCUUCCCCCCCAUGCCGGUGCCACCCCCUGGCUUUGCCGGCCUCACGGAAGAGGAGCUGCGGGCUAUGGAAGGCCACGACCGGCAGCACCUGGAAGCGCGGCUGCAGUGCCUGCAGAACAUCCACACGCUGCUGGAUGCGGCCAUGGUGCAGAUCAACCAGUACCUCACGGUCCUGGCCACCAUCGGGUCACCCCGGCCCCCUCCUCAACCCCAAUCUGGUGCUGGGGAGGCAUCCAGCACCAUCCGGACGGAUACUGGCACCAUCCAGACGGAUACCGGCACCAUCCGGACGGAUACUGGCACCGAUCCCAGUGCCGAGGGCUUCACUGCGGAGGAGGAGGAGGAGGAAGAGGAAGGCGAAGGCUCAUCCUCAAUGGAGGAACCAGACACGGCAGAGCUGCGCCGGCGCCGGCUACAGAAACUGGCAGCACCUUCCCAUUGACCCCACCGGCAUUCCCAGUAUUCCCAGUUCCUCAUACUGGGAGAACCGCUCCUGUUUAAGCCGCUUUCCAUCCCUUUUCCCACCUCCAUCAGUAUCCGGAAGCAAAACCAAACCUGGCUCCUUCUGCCAUGGCCAAGAGCCACUUUCCAGGCCCAUUUUUCCCUGGUUUUCCUGGUUUUCCUGCUUUUCCCUAUUUCUCUACCUCCACCCCAGCGGAUCCGGUGCUGCAGCACCAGCAUUGCCUGUUCCAGCUGGCACUGAGGCCAAGGGGAGGUUGAACCACAGUAACAGGCUCCAAAUCACCCGUUUUUAACCCAAAACCCCCUUUUGGAGACUCAAUAAACCCCCCCCUCCUCCCCCAGCACCGGGCUGCGGCCAAACUGGUUUAUACUGGUUCCUCCCUGCCCCCAGCACUAAGAAAUGGGGGUUUUGGGUGAUUUGGGGGUCUCUUUUUGGCACUUUCCGCUUGGCUUCGUGGCCGCCCCUAUACCCACCAUGACUUCAGUGCCUCUUGGAACCCAAAAGGGCUUCGAGGAGCCCAAAUAUCUCAGGGAUCAAUGGAAUUUCUCGGCAUCCGGAGCCUUUUUGGGGCAGAAAAGGCCGGAUUUGGCCUUGGAUUUGAGGUGGGAAUGGCUCUUUUUGGAGUUUCUUCUGCUUUGCAUUCACUUUUGGGCUCUCGUUGCCCCACUUUGGAGCACAUCCAUAUGGAAUCCUAUGGGAAUGUGGCGGCGCCGCUGCCAGAGCUUCCUUUUUUGUCCUUUUCCCUUCAUUUUUAUGCAUUUUGAGCCAAAAUGAUGAAGUUUCGUGGCCGGUUCUGGUUGAUGGGAGGAGUUUUGGGUGGAUUCCUCCCGUUUUCCUUCGUUUUGGGGUGGGAGGGGAGGGAGCAAAGACAUUCAAGCGACUGGACUGGGGGGUGAUAGACCCCAAACGUUGUGUUCUUUGACCCAAAACUGGGUUUUUUCACCCCAAACCCAUUUCCUGGUCCCUUUUGGGUUGGGGACUUAUUUAAUUUGUAAAUAAUGUAUAAAGUUUUAAUAGUUGGAUUGUAAAUAACGGCGGAAUAAAGGUUGCAGGAAAGCCA